AUGUUGUCGUUGUGGGCCAUCGCACCUCGGCAGAAUUAUGCUACCCGAAUUGGCCUAUACUACUACUACUACUACUACUACUACUACUACUACUACUACUACUACUACUACUACUACUACUACUACUACUACUACUACUACUACUACUACUACUACUACUACUACUACUACUACUACUACUACUACUACUACUACUACUACUACUGCUACAACAACAACAAUAACAACAACAACUACUACUACUACCACCACCACCACCACCACUACCCCUACUACACGGGCCGUCUUCCCUGA